AUGGACACGAAGGAAUUCACUGAUUUUAGCAAGGCAGUUAUCGAUUUCAUAGCCAACUAUAAGAGAACGUUGAGAGAGAGAAAUGUCCUUCCGGAUGUGGAGCCGAAGUAUCUGUGUAAACUGUUGCCGGAAGAAGCGCCACAAAAGCCGAAAAAUUGGCAAAUAACUCAUUGGAACUCACCACAUUUCCACGCAUUUUAUCCAGUAGCAAAUUCAUAUCCCGCGAUUGUAGGCGAAAUCAUGAGCAGCGGUUUAGGCUGCGUAGGAUUUUCAUGGAUCUCCUCGCCGGCUUGCACGGAAUUGGAGAUGAUUGUGAUGAACUGGCUGGGUGAAUUAUUAGGAUGGUCAAAACAGUUUCUAAGUAGCGACGAGGACUACGGCGCAGGUGUCAUACAGGGAUCAGCCAGCGAAGCUACGCUAAUAUGUCUGAUAGCAGCAAGGGAACAAACAACACUUUGUACAAAACGCCUACACCCAGAAUUAGACGAAGCAGUCAUCAAGACUAAAUUAGUUGCAUAUUCAUCUGAUCAGUCGAACUCUUGUGUAGAAAGAGGUGCAUUGUUGGCAUCGGUUCCAAUUAGACUUUUAAGUACCGAUGACAAAUGCGCUCUUCGAGGUGAAACGUUGUUGAAAGCGGUCAAGGAAGAUCUGAAGAAUGGUUUCAUA